AUGCUGCGACGUCACCACUGUCGACGCUGCGGCAACGUCUUCUGUGACGCGUGCUCGUCGGCCCGGAUGCCGCUGGUUAAUUCAGGGUUCGUCACACCUGUCCGCGUGUGUGCCAAGUGCUCGGUAGCAGCGAAGAAAGCGCAUGCCAAGAUGGUGCAGGAACGACACAAGGCCCGCACUUACCAACCUCUCAGACGUCAUAGCGAUACUGGAGAAGGAUCAGCGAUGGAAGGAGAUAUUAUCACGUCUAAUGGACGACGACAGAUGCCCAUGUCUCCUGUGUUUACGAGAGGAGUUUCGAGUGACAGCUACGAGAGAAAUGGCAGUGAAGAUGCGGAUUAUGCAAGUGGACAGAACGACGGAUAUCUACAAAUACUGCCGGGUGAAGCAGUUUUGGUGAGAAAUGACAAUGUGCGUGUGAGAUUCUUAGAGCGCAUAGAGCACACAGGCAGGUUGUACGUGACGAAUUAUCGUCUUGUAUUUAGUCCCACAGUCGACAGUGAAGCUGAUGAACUUCCGUACGCCAGCGAUCUACAGACGGAGUCGUUAGUGGCUUAUCAAGCCAUUCCGAUGGUGACCAUCGAACGUGUGAAGCGGAAAGAAAUGGUCGAGACCGACAGUGGGUUAUUAGAAGUGGUCGGCAAGGAUUUCCGUCGUGUGCAGUUCAUAUUUGAAGGGUUAGUGUCCAAGCAGACUUUUAGUCAAUUUGAUCGCACAUUUGCACUCGUACGGACACACGCACUAGGAGAACCGGAGGGAAAAGUGGACGAGUUUGCCAAGUUCUCGAUAGAAAGAUUUGAUGGUGUUAAUGGAGCAGUAGACGGCUGGAGGAUCUAUGACGCGGUGGCUGAGUUUCGGCGACUGGGUAUCUCGUCUUCCACAAGCCGAUGGCGAUUAAGUUACGUCAACGAGCAGUACGAACUGUGUCCAACAUACCCGUCAAUUCUGGCAGUACCAGCCUCGGUGUCUAAUAGUGUACUAGCGGUGGCAUCCAAAUUCCGCUCCAAAGGACGAAUUCCGGUUCUCUCGUGGCGUGACCGGCAUACAGGAGCUGUUAUCUGUCGCAGUAGCCAGCCUCUUGUAGGACUGGGGCAAAAACAAUGUGACAAGGAUGUGUUCCUCAUUCAGGCGAUUGCAGCGACAAACCCUUCCUCAACCAAGCUAGUAAUCAUCGAUGCGAGACCCUGGAAGAACGCUGUAGCACAGAAAACUGUGGGUCGCGCUGGAUACGAGCUGACAGAACACUAUGAGACUCGGCAUGCUACAGCCUCGAUGAAGUAUGCGGAUAUGGUUGCGUCAGAGCACAACGCAGCAGCUGCUGCUGUGUCUGGAGCCUCUAUCAACGGAGAAGUACCGCGUGUGAAUGAGGCUAGUACAGGCAAUGGCUGGGACGACGACGGGGGGCCCCGACAGUUUCUGGAAACGAUGGAGUCGGCUUUGGUUUUGACGGAAUGCAAGCUGAUUUUUAUGGGCAUUGAAAACAUCCAUACGAUGCGUAAAAGCUACCACAAGCUCAUGGAUUUGUGCACUACAAAGCAGAAUAACGACAGGUGGCUGGAUCAAUUAGCGUCUACCCGCUGGCUGGACCACAUCUCUCGUAUCUUGGACUCAGCUGUGGAGAUUGUGCGUAUCGUGAAGGAACAGAAGUCCAGCGUUCUGAUUCACUGCAGUGACGGGUGGGACCGAACCGCUCAACUCACAGCGUUGGCCGAACUGAUGAUUGAUCCUUAUUAUCGAACUAUAGUCGGCUUCGAACGACUAAUCGAGAAAGAAUGGUGCUCUUUUGGUCACAAAUUUCGAGAUAGAACGUCACACGGAGCCAGCAAUAACAUUAACGAGACCUCUCCGGUUUUCCUACAGUGGAUCGACUGCGUGUGGCAAGUUAUGGCUCAGUUUCCCAGCGCUUUCGAGUUCAACGAAAGGUACCUGAUCUUGAUCCUCGAUCAUCUGUACUCGUGUCGGUUUGGUACGUUCCUGUACAACUCGCAACGAGAACGUAUGGAGCAGGAAUCGCUCCAUCCAACGCAGUCAUUGUGGUCGUAUCUCAGCACGGUCGAUCGAGCAGUCGUUAUAAACCCUUUUUACCAGCCACAGAACGCUCCGCGGACGAAGUGGAAGACGAACGUCACCGCCACGCGACAGUGCUUUGAGAGGUCAAUAGGUCAGUCGUACGAGGAAUCGCCUCGCUUGGUUCCUCACAUGACCCAGGAAGAUUGUGAAGUUCACUCGUUAGCGGAGGAUUAUCUAGACUAUGGCAGGAAUGCUUUUGACGCGUCGGAUGGAUCGUCGGCUUGUUCCAGUUCUUCUUCAAUGGUCUGUGGGAGCACAGUCGCUGUGGCUUCAUCGCCAUCAAAAUCCAGAGCUGAUGCGACUGAUGUAGAAGUGAAGGCUGCCUUACAGUCCACCCACGAUCAACUUACGCGUGAAAGGCAACGUCGACGUAUCGACAGUAGCGACUCAUUGGUUGGUGACGAGUUUGAUAGCUGGGAUGGUGAGAGCGAGGAGAAUAUGAUGAUUCUGCAGCCAUCCUGCUACCAUAGACUGGUACGCGAUCUCGAUACAGGUUUCUCGUUCCCUCAGGCGUUGGAGACGUCGAUCUUCUCCAAUUUUCCGUCCUCGCCGGCUGUUGCACCGCGCUCUCGGUCUUUCUUCUCUCGUCGAUAUGCAGAGGAUGACGCUGCAGCAAGACUUUCAACUCCGAAGUCGAGAACGUCGUUAACAUCACUCUUCAUGCCUGUGGAGCGUGCGCCGUUGUCGGAUGGUCUAUGGAAUGCUUCAGAGGCGGAUGCUGUAUCCGAGGAAGACGAGGUUGGUCGCUAUGGAGCCCUCGCGCCGUGUGAAGACGUGAUCGUUCCGUCUUGCGCGAUGAAGUCGCUUAAAUUCUGGACGCAUUACUACUUGCGGUGGGACCCGAGUAGCCAUUUUGAACGAGAUGCCAGCGUUGAGAUCGAAGCUCUGCAUCUUGAUCUGCUGAAGCGGUUGGAGACUUUGGCGAAGCAGGUCGAUACGAUUCAGGGGGGUGAAGCGUCGAAGUGGGAGAACAAGAGACAGUCCCAAGGUCUCCCUGAAGGAAAUUUGUCGCCAAUGAAAGAGCCACCGCGUAGGGAGCGCAGAGCAAAAUCAGAAGGGAGCACAUUGCGGUGCUAA